AGAAGGACAGAAAGGAAUGGAACAUUUGGCUGCAAAUUGAUUUCUCAAGAUCUCAUCACCUUCAUUUUCAUUUCCUUAGUCUCUCUCCCUCCCUCUCCCUCUCCCUCUCUGCUCAAGUCUGGUGAUGUGAGGUUCGCAAGAUCCUUCUGAUUCCUCAAACUCAGAUCAGUCGCGGACCCAAAUAAGAUUCAAGCAACGAGGUUUUUUAUAUAGAUAUUUUAAGUUCCCAUUCUCGGUUGGUGCUUCUGUGGAACUUCCUGAUACUAAGUCAGUCUGGUUUUUGAGUUCUUGUUAAGAGAGAUAUAUAUGGCCGAGGUGAAGGAUCAAUUAGAGAUUAGGUUCCGGCUAACUGAUGGUUCAGAUAUCGGUCCUAAACCGUUUCCUGAUGCUACAACCGUUGCAACAUUGAAGGAAACUGUUGUUGCUCAGUGGCCAAAAGAUAAGGAGAAUGGGCCAAAGACGGUGAAAGAUGUGAAAUUGAUAAGCGCAGGUAGAAUAUUGGAGAACAACAAGACGGUUGGAGAUUGCAGGAGUCCUGUAUGUAAUCUUUCAGGUGCUGUCACCACAAUGCAUGUUAUAAUUCAACAUCAGGUUACUGAAAAAGAAAAGAAGAAGAAGCCUAAAGGUGAAGUGAAGAAACAGAACAAAUGUGUCUGUUUAUGUUUUGGAGCUCGGUGUUAACAAAAGUGUAAGAACAAGUAGAGUUAAAGAGCUUGGGAGAUUCAGAUUCUGUUCUUGAGCCUUCUUCAAUACUUUUUUUUUCUUUCUUGUAAUUUUUUUUUUUGGUGACACCAUUGGCUUUUUGAUCGCUUGAGGUUUUGGUUUCUGAUGUAACUCUGAUUCAUAACACACUGGAAUCAUAGAAAACAGAACACAAAUUUGCACUGAUAAGUGUACUAUCACGGAUAUAACUCAACAUAAUGCGUGGUUUUGUUUUCAA